AUGUUGGGGAACCGUCGCAACUUUAUCUUUAGAUUGAGUAUAGUCAUUAAUAUAGCCGUGUUGUUCUACGCGGCUAUGCACUUAUCCGGCAAUGGAGCCCCUGGAGUCGAAUGGGUUACGGUUGACGGAUCUGAAAGAAGUGCCGAAUUCCGGUACAUCAACCGAGAAGAUGUUCGAAACGAGACUGAGACGAGGCCGGUAGAUUCGAGUGUUAAAAAUAUCGAAGAGUCCACGUCGCCGAAGACCCCCUCCACCAUGCCUUCAACAAAUAAGACAGCAUCUAGCACUGCAUCCAUUGUCGAAUUAGAGAAGAAAAUACUUAGUAUAGUGCCAUCGGAACCAGAUACAACGAAUGAAACAAUACUCGAUAUAGUUGACGAAAAUGGCUUAACAGAUGCAACGCUGGCGCGCCUUCGGACGCUUCUCGGGUGUAAUGAAAAAGAUUUCCUUCCUCAGACCAUUCAAAGAGGUGACUUCUGGGUGUUAAAGAAUUUUGUGCGUGCUGACCAUGGCAUUAUUCUAUGUCAUGAAACAAUCACCUACACAACACACGCUGGCUUUGAGUUCCUGGAUAACGUUCAGCCUCUAGUUGAAAGGUGGAUGGCUCCGGUGAGCUUGGCGAUACAUGCCCCCGGUGCCGAUUUAGCUCCUACUGUGAACAGCAUUCGCUAUCUCCGCGACUGCCUUGGCAACGACCUCAUCCGCCAAUACGUCACGUUCCAUGUUUUCUUUUCAAACAAACACAUACCCAGCAAGAUUCCUGAUCCCGAAACCUUUCUUCUGACGCCAUACAACUGUACAACACAGCCGCCUUAUUACGUCAACGCAUCCACAACUUACAUGAAGGCCAAAAACCUACUGUACCCAGUGAAUGUUGCAAGGAACAUAGCUCGAGACUCUGCCUUGACGCACUUCAUUCUUCCAUCCGAUAUAGAAUUGUAUCCAAGCCCGAAUCUUAUACCCCGAUUCCUCAAUAUGAUCGCCAGGAACGCAAAGCCUUUAAACACUUCCACUAAACCAAGAGUCUUCCCUAUAAGUAUAUUUGAAGUAGACGCAAAAGUUCAAGUCCCCUCUACUAAAACCGAAUUACAGGCGAUGCUGGCGAAAAAGACGGCGAUACCAUUCCAUAAAUACGUGUGUCCCAAUUGCCACAACAUACCACAAGGACAGCAAUGGAUGAACGCAGCUGAAACUAACCAAAUGGACGUAUUUCACGUGGGAAAACGUCGAGGCAAGUACGUACACUGGGAACCAAUCUUCAUCGGCACCCACCAAGACCCCUACUACGACGAGCGGCUUAGCUGGGAGGGCAAGAAAGAUAAAAUGACUCAGGGUUAUGUCCUCUGCGUUAAGGAUUACGACUUCAUGAUAUUAAAUAACGCCUUCCUCACCCACAAGCCCGGCAUCAAGCACUACGUGAAGAACCCUAAGAGAGACGCUAUCGCUGGUCGACAGUCUGCCUUCGUCAAAAACGUUAUCAUGCCUGAACUUAAAAAAUUAUACGGAAACAGAAAUGGAUGUGCGCUGUGA